AUGGAAUAGUGACGACAUCUACGGUUUCAAGCGAUUCUUACAUAAUACACUACAACCACCCACAGUUGGGGUAACUACGAAUACCCACCUACAGCUGUCUUCCGAGGAUUGAACCUCGUUAUCCCGCGCCCACAUGUUAAGCCUCAACUUGGACAGGUACAAAACCUUCCUAGAAAAGGCCAAGGCACGGGCAAAAAUCCGGAUCACCCCAGAUAAAUCUUCCAAAUCCAUAUCUCCCGAUUCAUCGCUAGCCAAUCUUUCCCAUUCGGGGAAAAAGCUCCUGACGUUGGGGAAAAAGCUCCGGACGUUGGGGACAGGCAUAGGCGGUGUGGUCGACUUGUACCAGCAAGGCAGCCAGCUCUACGUGAUCAAGACCUUUCACACAAAAGAAAAGCUGGAGUCUCGAGAGGACUACAAGAUGCGCGUGCUCAACGAGUAUCAUGUAUUGGCAAAGCUACCGCCUCAUCCACAUGUGAUAGGCGCUAUCAAGUAUACGGAGUCAUCUGCGCUCUCGCGGGACUACCGAGUGAGGGUGUGGUUUGAAUAUUCAAGGUUUCCAAUGACACUUGCGUUCAAGAAUGGGCUCCAUCCCGCGGAAAUUGCGUGCUACUGGAAGCAGAUGGUCAGUGCGGUAGCGUUUCUCCACUCCCACAACGUGUGCCACCGCGAUCUCAAGCUAGACAAUAUGAUGGUUAGCGAAACGGGGAUCGUCCAGUUGAUCGAUUUUGGCGCGGCGGCGGAUCUUGGCCCGGAAGUACGACCGGCAGUGGGGAUCGUGGGCACCGGCCAAUAUAUGGCCCCUGAGAUGUUUGGGAAUAUCAGCUACCAGGGAAUGCCGGUAGAUGUCUGGCUGUUGGCGGUGCUCUAUGUAUACCUCAGCCAACGGCAGUUUCCCUGGAAAUGGGCCAAGCAUGAAGAUGAGACGUUUCUGUGGUUUGAGAUGGCCCAGCUCGAUGGGAACGUAGCGGCUUGGGGGGCUAUCUGGUUGGACCAGUACCCUACUGGAAUGCAGAAGUUGCUUCAGAAAAUGUUUACGCUUAAUCUGAGUGCCAGGAUCACCAGUCUGGAUGUGUGUGGUGAUCCCGGGUUUGUCGUCUUGGAUCUGUGCGACGGAGAGCACAGGUGCAGCAUUGAUCACAGGGUUACACUACGAACUAUAGAGUAGUGGGUGAAAACUGUAAUGGGAUUAGCAUUGGGAAUGGUAUUCACCAGUGUAUGUAUCGCGGCUGGGUUAUUUACCACCGAACGCGGCCGUGAUUCGGGCAUGAGGAGAUUGGGUCGAGUAUCCUAGCUUGUGAAUAUUUUUAGAGUAAUGUUGGUGAAUAUAUGAAAGGUUUUG